AUGUUUGCAGGUUACCUUACCGAAUUGGAAAUGGCAGAAACUUAUUGGAUCAAACGUGUUCGGGAGCGAAAUUUUACAAAUGAAGUACGGGCAUCGAAGAACAACGAUGAAUUAAGUUCAGAAUCAAAACUAAGGUCCCUCAAUCCAUUUGUAGACGAAAGUGGUGUAAUUCGUGUUGGUGGACGAUUAGAAAAUUCAAAUUUGGAUUACAAACAAGCACAUCCAAUCGUGUUGCCCGACAAAGAUCACUUGACUGAUCUAAUUAUUCUUCACAGUCAUCAGGUGGUAGGGCACGGAGGAAUAGCAGAUACUUUAAAUCAGAUAAGAGACAAAUUUUGGUUGCUGAAGGCUCGUCGAAAAAUUAAAAGUGUUCUGCACAAUUGCAAUGUCUGCAAGAUAUUUCGAACUAAACCUGUCAUGCAAGAUAUGGUACCUCUCCCACCAGACAGAUGCCGAGAAGCGUUUCCGUUUGAAAACUCCGGGAUAGAUUACGCGGGUCCACUGUACGUGAAAAGUGUAAAAGAAUUAUCUAAGACAUACGUUUGCUGUUUACCUGUGCUGUAA